CGGGCUAUAUAACCGCGGAUGGCCGCCGCGGCAGCUACUCAUCUGCAGCCUCCUCUUCCAUCCGAGGGAGCAAUGGACGGCUGCGCCAUGUCCCUUGCUGCGGCGGCCGCGAACUGCAGGUGCAGCCGCGUGGUGUACGUGGGCAACAUCCCGUUCCACGCGUCCGAGAAGGAGGUCCGCGACGCGUGCGAGCUGAUCGGCCCCGUCCGCUCCCUGCGCCUCGCCGCCGACCCGGGCACGGGGAAGCGCAGGGGCUACGCCUUCGUGGAGUACCCCGACGACGAGACGGCGCGCAGCGCGUGCCGCAACCUGCAUGGCCACGCGCUGCGCGGCCGCGAGCUCCGCGUCGGCCUCGCGGGCCGGGCAGGCCGCCGCGGCGUCGGCGCCCGGGGCGAGCACGAGCCCGUCGGCCUGGAGGACGCCGUCCACGCCGCGUCGCUCGUCGCCGGGACGCCCCCUCCCGACUCCGUCACGCGGUUCCUGGCGGCGCGGUCGGCGCGGGAGCUGCGGGAGAUUGUGGGCCAGCUGGAGGGACACGGCCCCGACGCCCUGAGGCUGCUUCAGGAGCAGGUCCCGGGGCUGGCCGCCGCCGUGGACCUUGCGCGUCACCUGAUCGACAUGGUGGCCGCGGACGCCGCCACGGAGGAGGCCAGGAACAAGAAGCGGACCGGCGUGGAGGGGUCCGGCUCCGACGACGGCGAUCACCGCGCCAAGCUCAGGAAGGUGGAUCUGGAAGAAGGCGGCGGCUUCAAGGACCACGGCGCGGUUUCUGCAGCUAGGGUCAUGUGCUUCUGAUGAUCUGCUCCUGUCUGGAGCUGGAAUUGUUUCCUGGUUUUUCGUCCUGUAGAUCAGUCGAUUAGGAGAAAACAGAUGUAAUUCCACGUUUUUGCUGCUCCAGCAGAGUUUAUCAAGGAUAUUGUAUAUGUAUGAUUAUGCCUUUACUGAAUAACGAAGAAAUUUUACUUGUUUAACA